AGUGCAUGUGGGCGUGUCAAUUGCAAUAUCAUCGACCAAAUCAAAAUGGCCGCGCCCACAAGUGUUUAUUUUGCUGCCAGGCUUGCCGCAAUUCCAGCCAAAACAUCUCGCUUUCGGACUACUCUAUUGACAAGAAAUGUUCUUCCAUGCAUCAACCGAUCUGUUCUCCUACAUCAGAGGAGGAGCUUCUCUGCAGAGAGCAGUCCAUCACUCACCCAGAUCACUCAGGUAGAUGGUAUCAGAAAGAUCACUCUCAGCAAUCCUAAAAAGAGGAAUGCCCUAUCUCUCGCCAUGCUUACUGAAGUGACCAAGGAGUUAACUCGUGAUGUUGAUGGUGGUGACCUUAGAGCUAUCAUCAUUGCUUCCGAGGGACCGGUCUACUCAGCAGGACAUGAUCUCAAGGAAUUGACAACGGGUACAGGGCGUGCUUACCAUGCCCAGGUGUUCAAGAAAUGCUCUGAAAUGAUGAUGCUGGUUGAAGAUCUUCCGAUCCCUGUCAUUGCUCAAGUCAAAGGUCUUGCCACUGCUGCUGGAUGUCAGCUGGUAGCGAGUUGUGAUAUUGCUGUGGCUGCAGACACUGCCAGAUUUGCUACCCCAGGUAUAUCGGUAGGUUUGUUCUGUUCGACACCAGCCGUGGCCUUAGGCAGAUCAGUCCCUAAGAAGAUCGCCAUGCAGAUGCUCUUAACUGCUGAACCUAUAUCAGCCGAGGAUGCUCUCAAACACGGCUUGGUCAGCAAGGUCGUGCCUGAAGAAGCAGUGGAGGAAGAAACUAUGAAGAUAGCCAAAAAGAUCUGCGAGUACAGCGGAUCCGUCAUCUCUCUAGGAAAGGCUUGCUUCAACUCACAAAUGAAGAUGGACAGAAAUUCGGCCUAUGAUCAUGCCAGUGAUGUAAUGGUGAACAAUUUAUCCCUGGUGGAAGGACAGGAGGGAAUUAAUGCAUUCGUCAAUAAGAGGUCACCAGUCUGGAGGCAUGGCUUUGACAAGGCCCAUGAAUGAGCUCCCUUCUCCUUCUCCUUUUCACUCUCUUUGUCUCUCUUUCUCUCUUUCUUCAAAAAGUCCUUUGCUUGUGUGAUGAAGUACAGUACCAAGUCUUCCGUUUUACCUUCAUGAAGUGUAGUAUUGUGGUUGCAUCUUUAAAUCAUACACUUCUUAUUGCAUCCACAUUACAGAGAAUGAGGCUUUAAAAAAAGUUUCCACUAUACAGUGCGAGUCAAAAAAAAGUUUACAACUAGAAAAUUGCAAACAAUGCCUCAUGUUCAUCCCAGCAUGAACACC